GCCAACUGACUGAGUCUGAAGGUCCACUGGGACCUCCAACUACAUUGUUUCAGAUAAUGUGAAAUUUCCACCCUCAUCACUGAGUUGUAACGUAUGUGGUAAAGUUGAGUCUUUCUCUGAUACAGUUGAUGACAGUGUCACAGGCUGUACAGUUGCAUUGAAUAUUGGCAGGGUAUCCGCUGGGGCAUCACCACCAUUGGACAAUUGAUAUUGAGGCUGCAUUGAAUCAAGGGGUCAGGGCCUCCAAAUUGGGCAAGUUGUAGAGUUCAUCGCAGGGCUUCAGCCUGGUGGACGCUCGCACAGGCCGUCAUAAAGCGAAGUUGGAUCCUCCUUCUUCACAGCAAGUAGUCGGGAUAUCUUUUCGAGUCAAUAAAAACGAUGUCAUCCACAAGAGCCCUCCACGCAAAUGUCCUCCUCCUCCCUGUUACAGAAAUCAGGGUAACCAUGCAUACUUUGGGGAUUAUUUUCGAGUCUGAUACGCGCAGCAAAAACCAUACAUCCAUAUAUCUCCUCACAGGACAGAGAAGUUCCGUGCAGCUCAACAUGAUCAAAGCUAAUCCAACGGCCGUAAUGGGCACUCUGGAACGGAAAUUUUGUCUGUAUGAGAUGUCGAAUACCGCUCUCCACAACAUCGAUCUGCGAGCCAUCGAGGGGGUGACUGUUGGAAAAAUCAUCGAUCUCCUUGAGCAAAAAGGCAGAGAUAAGUACCAAUUAGCCCCUAGUGGAGUCGGAUGCCGCUUUUGGGUGUAAGCCAACUCCACGCCACAGAUAUUCAGAGGAAAAGUGUUUUCCUAAUGAGUUGCAUUGACUAAC